GAUGAGUGAUGUCAUCCAUAACCGGACGUUUACAAACAUAGCAGUACCAGCCAGCUAGCUCGUAAAACAGGAGGCAUUCUGCGAGCUAGUGUUUUUUUUCCCAAUCACUUGAAACAAACACCGCCACAAAUAAGAAGGAAAUAUGGUCUGUGAAAAGUGCGAGAAGAAGCUUGGUAGAGUUAUCACUCCGGACACUUGGAAGGACGGAGCACGGAAUACGAUAGAGAGUGGAGGGCGCAAGCGCAAUGAAAAUAAGCUGCUAACUUCAAAGAAAGCCAGGUUCGACCCGUACAACAAGACGGGCUUUGCCACGUGUCGCAUCUGCAAGAGCUCCGUCCAUCAGUCAGGCUCGCACUACUGCCAAGGCUGUGCUUACAAGAAAGGAAUCUGCGCCAUGUGCGGGAAGAAGGUUCUCGACACCACCAACUACAAACAGACGUCGGUGUGACCCUGCUGUAUGCCAUAAUGUUUAUCACAUGUUGACCACAAGGUCCCCCGAAGCCACACUUUAAUUCUAUAUUCAAACGUAGAGUGCAAGACUGCCCUAAUACAGUCAUCUAUUAAUGAGUUUUCAAGUGUAACUCCCGAAUUACAUUUGGUUGUCGUUGAGCCGUGAAGAUUUGUUGUUUCAUUUUGUUGCUUUUUAUGAAUUUGUUGGUGUGUAUAUAUAUGAUGUGAUUUACAUUUUGGAGUAAAAUCUUCAGUCUUAAAAAAAAAAAAUGGCAAACUCAGUUCACUUAUUAAAAGAAAAAAAACCCGCACCAUUCAAUGAGCAAAUAAGUGUUUAAAUAAAUACAAAUGGCCAAUUUAC